ACCGCGCAGGCGUGCGUAGAGCCCAGACUCUGGAGCAUAAACAAGAGUGAGGACGGGAUGAGGCGGCGGUUGAUCCCGGGACGGCAAGCGGCAGCGACCGAGGCGACGAGCGGGGCCCGGCACCGACCCUGAGCGCACCCCGACCCGCCCUCGUGGGCGCGUGCCCCCGGUCGGGCCGAUACGCCCGCCCGCCACGCGCCCAGCCAUGAACCUGGCGAGCCAGAGCGGGGAAGCUGGCGCUGGCCAGUUGCUCUUCGCCAACUUCAACCAGGACAACACGUCCCUAGCUGUUGGUAGUAAGUCCGGUUAUAAAUUUUUCUCCCUUUCUUCUGUGGAUAAGCUGGAACAGAUCUAUGAAUGCAUUUCCCCCAAUGGUAACAUCUUCCAGACGAUAGGAAAAUAUCACAAGCAGGACACUGACAUCCAUCUCUCCUGUUCACUCGUAUCAGCUGAUACUGAAGAUGUGUGCAUUGUAGAAAGAUUGUUCUCAAGCAGCUUAGUGGCCAUCGUUAGCCUCAAAGCCCCAAGGAAGCUAAAGGUUUGCCACUUUAAGAAGGGAACCGAGAUCUGCAACUACAGCUACUCCAACACGAUACUGGCUGUGAAGCUCAACAGGCAGAGGCUGAUAGUAUGCCUGGAAGAGUCUCUAUAUAUACACAACAUCCGGGACAUGAAGGUACUGCAUACGAUCAGGGAGACCCCUCCAAACCCUGCAGGCUUGUGUGCACUGUCAAUAAACAAUGACAAUUGUUACUUGGCAUACCCAGGGAGUGCAACCAUUGGAGAGGUGCAGGUCUUCGAUACAAUUAAUUUGAGAGCUGCAAACAUGAUCCCGGCUCAUGACAGUCCUUUAGCAGCAUUGGCUUUUGAUGCAAGUGGAACCAAACUUGCCACUGCUUCUGAGAAGGGGACCGUGAUUAGGGUAUUUUCCAUUCCAGAGGGACAAAAACUCUUUGAAUUCCGGAGAGGAGUUAAGAGGUGUGUUAGCAUCUGCUCAUUGGCCUUCAGCAUGGAUGGCAUGUUCCUCUCUGCAUCUAGCAACACUGAGACUGUGCACAUCUUCAAACUCGAGACUGUGAAGGAAAAACCUCCAGAGGAACCCACCACUUGGACUGGGUACUUUGGGAAGGUGCUCAUGGCCUCCACUAGCUACCUGCCUUCUCAAGUGACAGAAAUGUUCAACCAGGGCAGAGCCUUUGCCACAGUCCGCCUACCCUUCUGCGGCCACAAAAACAUCUGUUCACUGGCCACAAUUCAGAAGAUCCCCCGGCUGUUGGUAGGGGCCUCUGACGGGUACCUGUACAUGUACAACCUGGACCCCCAAGAGGGGGGUGAGUGCGCCCUCAUGAAGCAGCACCGGUUGGAUGGCAGUAUGGAGACGGCCAGUGAAAUCUUAGACUCUGCCUCUCAUGACUGCCCCUUAGUAACUCAGACAUACAGUACAGCUGUAGCAAAAGGUACUUAUGUGCCUUCAUCACCGACAAGACUUGGUAAGGAGCAUGACACAAACCUCGAAGCCUACACAGAUGACCUGGGUGCAGUGGGUGGUGCUUGUCUGGAGGAUGAAGCCAGUGCCCUACGCCUGGAUGAGGACAGUGAGCAUCCUCCCAUGAUUCUUCGGACUGACUGAACUUGACCUGUGACCUCUGAUCCUGGAAGCAGAGAACACUGGUUUGACAGAGGACUUUGUGCAUUGCUGCUAUGAACUUUGACCUGAAUUGGGGAGAGGAUGGCAGAGACUGUAAAAAAAAAAAAAAAAAAAAAAGAUUGUAGUGGUAGUCUAACUCCUCCAUUCUGUUGAAAAAAUACACCGUUUUCACUUCAGUGGCUUUAAUCCUGCUAAUGAAUUUUAGAUUUUUGUUCUCUCUUUUUGCCAAAAUUUAACUGUUUGGUGAGGCCCACGAAACCUCCUUGCUUUGCAUGCAUGAAUGUGCCAAGCCAGCAUAGGAGAACUAGAAGCCACUUCAUAACUGCAAUUGUUUGGUUUUUUGAUAUCUGUACAUAAUGACCAGCGUGUGUGAGGAAACUGUGGCAUGGUACAGAGUGGUUGUCAAGGCUGGUUCUGCAGUGACAGGUCCAAGGGCUGCCCACUCAGGGCUUGCCAGUGUGCUGGCAGACAUCAGCCUCAGACAGGGGUUCUUUUUCCCCAGAGCCCCAUCUGGACCAUUCUCCCUCUGUUUUAUUUUGUUAAUUAAAUUCUUUCCAAAUUGGAUUAUUCUGGGAUUUCUUCCAUGGUGGACUUUUGUUUCUGAUCUUGUUUUCUUUGUGGGUUAUUAGAACUAAGAGAGGUUGUUUCUGAUAUUAAAAACCUUUCUUUCUGACAGCAAGUGAACUUACUUGGAUUCCUGAAGCAAAGGAAAGUGAUUUCAUUUGUAUAAUUAAAUUAUCUGUUCUUCUGCUUUACUUUUCUGUGGAAUAACUGUGUGACUUUUUUUUUUUUUUUAGAGAAAAUUUUGUGGCUACUCUUAAGCCUCAGAAAGCACAGAGUUCAACUGUGAGGAGUGUGUCUGAAUUGUCCUCUCAUCCCGAGCUCCACUGUCUGUCAGGGGCUCUUCCCUGUAUCAGGAAUAGUAGACCA